AUACUGUUCUUUUGCAAUAUUUCUGCAGCUUUUUGAAAAGAUUCCCUUACGUUUCCUGGACAAUUUCAAGAAUCCUUGUUGGUUGAGAGGUGAGACGGAACUAAAUUGUCUGCCUUACUUCUAUGUCCUUGGCAAUUACAAGUGUGGGACGUCAGACAUUUGGGACAAGAUCACGGCUCACCCCGACGUCAUCGCAAAGGUAGCCAAAGAACCCCACUGGUGGGGACCUAGAAGAAAUGGAUAUACAUUUAUACCCAUACAUCGACCUGAAGUACUCCAAGCCCGCAAUCACACUGGUGGCACGGACGAUAGUUCUCUGGAAUGGUACCUUAAUUUAUAUAAAGCAUCAGUUGUACCAGAAAUAAUAAAUAGCAGGAUUACUACCAACGAAGGGAUUGGUUACCACCCAAAGGUGUUUGGUGAUGCUUCUAUAUCAACUGUUUACGCCAUUGGACGAGAAUGGAUAAAGACUUUUCCGUAUGCUGCGGAACCCCACUACACCAACGCUGAUCUUAUGCACGCUCUUCAACCCAACGCAAAGUUUAUUCUAAUGAUACGCAACCCAACAAAGAGAGCCGACUCGUUCUUCUGGUAUCUACACCGCCCAGGUGACACUGACAGAUGGCACCAAAAAGCUACCACUUACAUCCAGUGUUUCCAAAAAUGCGUCCAAGACCACAAUCUAAGGUUCUGCGCAUAUGCUGCAGAAUGUCCCUACGACCUAAUCCCAGACCUGCAAGUGGGUAUAUAUCACGUGUACAUCCGUGAUUGGUUGAAAGUCUUCCCACGUGAUAAUUUCAAGGUGAUACGAUUGGAGGAUUGGGAAGCCGAACCUGUCACAGUCUACAGAGAUCUUCUCAACUUUCUCGAUCUAAGACAACUGAGUGUGGAUGAGGAGAAUAGAAUACUGAAAAGGAGACGCAGUAAUCAGAACCAAAGACAACAUGAACAGACACAUCCAGAGACAUUGAACGCCCUCAAUGAUUUUCAUCGACCGUUUAACGUGGAACUUGCCAAACUCAUGGGAGACAAUAAAUUCAAUUAUCCUGAUUACAAAGGUUCAAGCGUGUAAUCAUGGCAACAGUAUCAUGAAUGCCUGCCGGUGUCAUGGUGAGCAAAUCCAUGAUGAAUAUUAAUCAUAUCACAUGCACCCGUCAUGCCCGCAACUUUAGUAAUAAUAAUUUACUGCAAAAACUUACAUUAGAAAUGACUUGGAAUUGCUUGAAUUAGUAAAAUUAUGCUCUCUAACUUUUGAAUUACUGUUUUAUACUCUAGUAUAGUCUUUUACUUAUGGGGUAUCAUAAUUAUAUAGUCUUCUUGGACUCCGCAGAAU